AUGCUGGUCUCCGGGCUGCAGCACAUCGGGCAGGGCCGCCAAGGAAUCGCACGUCUGCGAGUCUUGAAGCUGCACAAGAACGGAGUCGGUGACGCGACCUGUGAAAAGAUUGCAGCACUCAUUUGGCACCAGAAGCAGGCAGUGGAGGCCCAGCCAAAUGAAGUGCCAUGCUGGGUCCGGUUGGAGCACAAUCAGGUGUCCCAUGCUGAGUAUGUCCUCGAGUUGCUGGGCAAGGAGCCAACACGGCUGCGAAAGUGCCUAGCUCCCCGACGGGAGAAAGGGCCAAGUUGCACCUCCUUUCGAUGCCAGGCUCUUCAGGAUGUGGCGCACGUCCACUUGUACUGCAUCGACAAGCAGGGCGACACGCAGAGUGAGACGAAGAAACACGCCCAGGCCCGUAAGAUACUUCAAAGGGCAGCUGAAUUCACCUGA